UGAGAUGACACGGUCCUAUGAAACUGUGAGUGUGUAUGUGUGAUUGUGUGUGCCGCUCCUUCACCGGCUCCAUGUGAGAACCGUGUUCUUUUCCUCGUUUGCUUAUGAAAAAAUCUUUUCCAGACUUGUUUUUUAAACAAGUUAAGGGAACGUGUAGGACAAGCUUUUUAAACAGUGCAAGUUUAGCUCAACUCUUCCACGGAGGAACCUGGGGACGUGCGCGCGGGUGUUGAAGCUCCACAUUACGCACUGGAUAAAGUGAACUCUUCAUACAGGUGGGGUUUAGCGGGUUAGGUGAAGGUGAAGCUGGUUAAAGUGGGACUUUGUCUGCAGAACACUCAAGGUCUGGAUUGCUGCUGCAGAUAUGCAAAGCUACUGAUCACACAGCAGCCAACAGAGAAGUGCUGGCCAUAGAGGAGAAACUUCAGGAGUUUUGAAACUGAGGCUGCUCAUCGCCUGUAUCUGCCUGACCACCCAAUCCUGUGAAUACUAGAGGGAAUUUCCAACAUUCAUGUGUGGCAAAGUAAUCAUCCACACCCAGUGAAUCUUACAUUACUGUUGAGUCCAGUCUCCAGAAGGAUGUUUUUUUGAGUGAACGAGAGUGCAUUGUGGGUGCCUGUGUUAGACCACACAGCUGACCUGUCAAGAGAGGACAUGCCUCUAUAAAAGACAAUUACCAAACAAAUGAGUUGUCACCAUGUUCCCCGGGAUGGUGCGUGUAUUGCAUGCUCUUCUCCCCGUCCUGGUUUUGUGUGCAGUCUCCCAGAGCAUCUCGUCACUGCACCCCUAUCCAGUGUUUAUGCGCAACACCACACAAUUCGAGCAUCUGGCUCUCCACCCUGAACCGGAACUGGGGCGCAUCUACGUGGGUGCCCGUGAUCGUCUGUUCCGGCUAUCCUCAAACCUGCGACUGGAGGAGGAGGUGAUGACCGGGCCUGUGACGGACAGCCGUGAAUGCCUGCCUCCAAUCAGCGACACCAGCUGCCCGCUGGCACAACAGACCAGCAACCACAACAAGCUGCUUCUUAUCGACCCUUCAAGCAAGGUGCUGAUCAGCUGCGGCAGUGUGUACCAAGGCACAUGUCAGAAGCGAGAACUGGAUGCCAUUGGUACUGUGACCUUUUCAGCCCAGAGGCCUGUGGACACACAGUAUGUGGCAGCCAAUAAACCUGAGGUUUCCACUGUGGGAUUGGUGGUUCCCGCACAUGGAGCACGACAGUCAGUGCUGUACGUGGGUCGUGGCUAUACCAGCAGCCAGCCGCCCAUCUCCACACGCAACCUAGCUACUGAACCUAUCUUCUCAUAUGAAGAAACAGCAAAGCUAACCGUGGUUGAACGGCUUUCAGAAUACGACCACCACUUUGUGACCUCUUUUGCACACAAUUACCAUGUCUACUUUCUGUUUUACCGCCGUGAUUUGAAGUCAGAUGGGCGUGACUACCAAACAUACGUGUCUCGUGUGUGUCUGGACGAUAUGGCGUAUUAUUCGUAUGUAGAGGUUCCACUAAGCUGCCGUUCAGCUGCCGGAAAGAGAUACACCUUGCUACAAGCUGCUCGACUGGGACUGGCAGGAGAAACUAGAGGGGAAGACAAAGAGCUCCUGCUAGGGGUUUUCUCCACACAUUCUGCCUCAUCCACCAAGCCCAGCAACGAGUCAGCCCUGUGCAUGUUCUCCCUGCAGGAACUGGAUAAACACAUCAACAACACUCGAGAUCUCUGUUACACAAAAGUGGGCCUGCAAGAUGGACUCGAGGCUGCCUAUAUAGAGUAUGAGGUGAAAUCAAACUGUGCCAGUUUGCCACCAAGCACUCUAGAGGCUUACCAAUGUGGUUCUGACCACACUCCGAGCCCAAUGGCUAGCAGUGUCGCGGUGGAGGCUGAGCCGAUAUUGGACAGUCCUACUACUCGUCUUACUGCGGUUGCUAUUAGCAUCAAAGCAGACCACACCAUUGCUUUUCUGGGAGACUCUAAGGGAAACUUACACAAGGUGUUUUUGGGUCCUAACGGUGAGGUGGAAGAAUAUGCCAUUAUUCCCAUUCAACCUAAUGCAGCAAUAAGCAGUGAACUGACUCUCGACCAAUCAGAAGAGCACCUGUACAUUAUGACCAGCACUAUGCUGGAGAAAAGGCCUGUCGCUGAGUGUCACCUGUACACGGACUGUGGGUCGUGUCUCUCAGCUCGAGAUCCUUACUGUGGCUGGUGUGUGCUGGAGGGGAGGUGUGUUCAGCGUGGCGAGUGUGCACGUGGGAAGCAGGCUGAUCAGUGGCUAUGGAGUUUUGAUAUGGAGCAGCAGUGUCUGAAUGUGCAAACCAUCACACCAUCAAACCUCAGCAGAGAGGAGAGCAGGACAAUAGCUCUAUUUGUUCCUGGUCUCCCGAGGCUAGAGGAUGGGGAAUCAUAUUCCUGUUUCUUUCAAGACAUUUUCUCUCCUGCAAGCAUCACUGAAAGCUGGGUCACCUGCCCCUCACCACCCCCCCAGAAAGUCCCCACUGUGUCACCUGGAAAAGAUUUUUUAGCAGUCACAUUAUCCUUACGGUUUGGUGAUGUCAUUGUGACUUCUUCGGAAUUCACCUUCUAUGAUUGCAGAGUUGUUAAACAUCUCUCUGGGAGUAUGCCUUGUCAUGGAUGUGUGUCAAGUCGUUGGGGCUGUAACUGGUGUGUACACGAGCAUGUGUGUUCCCACAAGACUCACUGUGAGCAAGGGGUCAUCAUUUACAACGAAAAUUUCAAAGUCCCUGCACCCUCCCCUUCUCGAAUUAUACCCAUCAAGAUUCCAACCGUCACUAUGAAACACGUACUUCAUACCUCCAUACCACCUACUAAACCUCCAGCUACACCUCCGACUACAACCACUGCACCUACUACAACCACUACAACUCCAACCACUCAAGCUACAACUAUAACUACACCACUGGCAACUACAACCAAUACACCAGCCACCACCUCCUCUCCAACUAUAUUGCCUGCAAUUCCUGAACCCACCGUUCCCCCUACCUUCCCAAUGUCGCCAACCCUCCCAUCCCAAAUCAUAACCACAACUCCCUCAUACUCUACACUGCCUGUUCUGAAGGAGCGUACCUCAGAGGAGAUACUGCUAGCCUCUGAGACAGAGGCAGAAGCCCUUAGCGAAGCCAAGAGUGUUGUGAUCACCAUCUCUAGUCUGGAUACUGAAAUGGAAACCGAGCCACCACACAUUAAUGAAGCAGCCAUUGACCAGAUGACUUCAGAGACACCGACAGAAGCUGUAGUGUUGCUGUUUUCUGGAGAAGUCACGCCACUGGUGGAACCAGUAACUGAUGCUCAGGCAUUGCCUAGCAGUCCACAGAUUGUAGAAGAAUCUCUUCCACUGGCUGAGCCUCCUACACCAUCAGAAAGUCUUGAGUCUGUGGGAGAAGAUUCUAAUCCUGUCAGCUUAUUGCCUACAGUGCCUGCUGUUCUACCGUCUGGUUUGCCUGUUCCCUCAGAGAGGGAUGCAGAACUGGAGGUGCUUCACAUCCCCCCAGAGGAAACGGGCAUGGCUGAAAAUGACACAACUGCAUUUUCAGCAGCAACAGUGCUGUCGGGUGAUGGAGAAUUAGACCACAUCUCUCCUGGCUACCCUCGGCUCUUGGAUGUAGAUUCUGAGACAGACUACCACUAUGACAUGGCAAACCUACCGCAGGGAGAUGAGGGCUUGUUUGAGAGUUUGGGUUCAUCUGCAUGUCCUUGUGUUGAGAGAGUACAGGGCUCACCACUGCUGCCUGUACAGACAGAGAGGAAGAUCAAUCUGUUGGCUCGCAACCUUCAUCUGUAUCAGGACCAAGACUUGGAGUAUGAGUGUGUUUUGGUGAUUGAGGGACAGACUGUGGUGGUGGAUGCCUAUGUAGAGAGAGAUAGCACAAACACAUCUUUGUUUGACAUUACUUGUCAGCAACACAAGUAUUCCUACUCAGCCUUGGUGGAGGAGUACAACGCCAUGGUGUAUGUGAAGAGGAGAGACACUUUUCAUGUGGACAGCUUUAAUGACCUCUUUGUGACUUUGUACAACUGUUCGGUGGGCCGAUCAGACUGCAGCCGGUGUCACACAGCAGAUCAGAAGUACGACUGUGUGUGGUGUGGCGAGGUUCAGUCAAGCUGUGUGCAUAAAGAGGCCUGCUUAAAUACGAGGGUUAAAUACACAUGUCCUGCUCCUGUCAUUCAUUCUAUCGAGCCUCUAACAGGCCUGAAAGAGGGAGGUACCACUCUCACCAUCAGUGGUUCCAACUUGGGCCAGAAAGCUCAGGACAUCUUACAGUCAGUCAGUGUGGCUGGCAUUUCCUGUUCAGUCAAACCAGAACUGUAUGAGAUAUCAUCCAGAAUUGUGUGUGUAACAGGAGAGAGCAAAGAGGAGAAGUCAGGUCAUGUCUCAGUAGAAGUGUCUGGUGCAGGGCAAAAAGGACUCUCUAGUCAAACUUUCAGCUACCAGGAACCAGUUCUUGAAGGGGUGAAUCCCCAGAGAGGACCCCAGGCAGGGGGUACCUCUCUCACCAUCAUGGGCAAAAAAUUACUGACUGGCAGAGCCAGUGACAUCAGUGUGCUAGUGGGCAGUGUCCCCUGUGUAAUUUUUGAAAAUGUGCAGGAAGGCAGGAUCGAGUGUGUCACAGGUGCUAGCAACCAGACUGGAGAUCACAUAGUAAAAGUGCACUAUGGCAACCUUGAGCGCUCUCUCAAUGACAUCCGCUUUCACUACACCCCAGAUCCUAAUAUAACAGAGGCUAAACCUUCGAAAAGCUUCAUCAGUGGCGGUCGCGUGAUCAGAGUGCGUGGACAUAACUUGGACGUAGUCCAGGAGCCACGCAUCCGAGUGACCAUGACCAGGAAAAGAGGUAGCAGACAGAGAAGAAGGAGAAACGGAGGGAGCAUUAAAGCUAAGGGCAGUGGUUUACUGUUGAGACACAAGAGGAUCAUUUCUGAAGUAGACAUUGCAGAAAACACUGGAAAAUAUUUUGAUGAACGGUGUGAGGUGAACACUUCCACUCUACUGCUGUGUCGUAGCCCUGGUGUGAGCUCUGAGAUGUUAGAAUCUGAUGUGCUGGUGGAGUUUCUUCUGGAUAACGUGCGCUUCAACUUUAACUCAGUCAGCAUAGUGCCUUUUACCUAUGAACCAAACCCAACCCUCACUCCUCUCAACCACCUUGAGCCCACUGAGCCCUACCUCUACAAACCUGGAUCAGUCAUAUCAGUAGAGGGGCAGAAUCUAGACCUAGCAAUGUCUAGCAAGGAGGUGGUGGCUCUUAUUGGUGAGGGCAUAUGUACAGUUAAAACUCUGACAAAAAACCAUCUGUAUUGUGAACCACCUGCCCAGCAGCCCUCCCCCUCCUACAGCCACGGACGCAAGAGAGAAGGUGCCGAUGCUCUCCCAGAGUUCACAGUACAGAUGGGGAAUCUGAACUUUUCUCUGGGAAGGGUGCAGUAUGACACCCUCAGUCAGUCCACCUUUCCUUUGGAGGCACAGAUAGGGGUUGGAGCAGUGGCUUCUCUUGUCGUUCUUAUUGUUGUGAUCAUUGUUCUCAUUUACAGGAGGAAGAGUAAGCAGGCUUUGAGAGAUUACAAGAAAGUUCAAAUUCAGCUGGAGAAUCUAGAGACGAGUGUGAGAGACCGGUGCAAGAAAGAGUUUACAGACUUGAUGACUGAAAUGAUGGACAUGUCAAGUGAUAUGGUGGUAUCAGGGAUUCCGUUUCUGGAUUACAAGAUGUACGCUGAGCGCAUCUUUUUCCCGGGUCAUCGGGAGUCGCCAUUGCGCAGGGACCUGGAUGUACAGGACUGUAGACGGGCCACAGUGGAGCAGGGUCUUGUCCAACUUUCCAACCUGCUCAACAGCAAACUCUUCCUCACCAAGUUUAUCCACACUCUGGAGAGCCAGAGGACUUUCUCUCCCAGAGACCGAGCUUACGUGGCCUCUCUACUCACUGUAGCCCUACAUGGCAAGCUGGAGUACUUCACUGACAUACUGAAAACAUUGCUUAAUGACCUGGUGGAGCAGUAUGUUGCCAAGAACCCCAAACUCAUGCUUCGAAGAACAGAGACUGUUGUGGAGAAGCUCCUGACCAACUGGAUGUCGAUAUGCCUUUACUCUUUCCUGAGGGACUCGGCAGGCGAGUGUUUGUACAUGCUUUUUAGAGCCAUAAAGCACCAGGUGGACAAAGGGCCUGUGGACGCAGUGACCGGCAAAGCCAAAUACACCCUUAAUGACAGCCGACUACUCCGAGAGGAUUUGGAGUAUCACACACUGACUCUGAACGUUCAGAUGGAGGGAGUAGGAAUGAAUGAGACUCAGCCAGUAGCAGCUAAAGUACUAGACUGUGACACUAUAACCCAAGUCAAAGAGAAGAUUCUAGACCAGGUCUUUAAGGGAACCUCAUACUCCAAUAGACCUCACACAGACUCCCUGGAUUUGGAAUGGCGUUCAGGUGUUGCAGGUCACCUCAUUCUCUCAGAUGAAGAUUUAACAUCUGUGGUACAGGGCAACUGGAAACGCCUCAAUACAAUUCAGCAUUACAAGGUCCCUGAUGGAGCUACAGUUGCGCUGGUGCCACGACAUAGCAAACACAUCCAUCAUGACAACCAUGACUAUGUGGCAGGAGAGAAGACGCCAAUGCUGGAGGAUGCAGAUGAAGGCGGAGUCAGACUGUGGCAUCUUGUAAAAGCCAGUGAGGAACCUGAACUGCCCAAACACAGAAGAGGCAGUUUGCGAGAGAGAGAGAGGGCCAAGGCCAUACCGGAGAUCUACCUCACACGACUGCUCUCCAUGAAGGGCACACUGCAGAAGUUUGUCGAUGAUCUAUUCACUGUGAUUCUGAGCACAAGUCGGCCCGUUCCCCUCGCUGUGAAAUACUUCUUUGACCUGCUGGAUGAUCAGGCAACACAUCACGGCAUCUCAGACCCAGAAACAAUACAUAUAUGGAAAACAAACAGUCUGCCUCUGCGCUUCUGGAUCAACAUUGUGAAGAACCCUCAGUUCCUCUUUGACGUGCAGGCAUCUGACAAUGUGGAUGCUGUCCUGUCUGUCAUCGCUCAGACCUUCAUGGAUUCCUGCACCAUUGCUGAGCACAAACUGGGCAGGGACUCCCCCAUCAACAAGCUGCUGUAUGCCAGAGACAUUCCCCGUUAUAAGCAGAUGGUGGAGAAGUACUAUGCUGACAUCAGGCAGACGAUCCCAGCUAGUGAUCAGGAGAUGAACUCCGCUUUAGCUGAACACUCCAGGACUUACUCAGGAGAGCUGAAUUACCUAGUGGCCCUGCAUGAGCUGUACAAGUAUAUCAACAAAUAUUAUGACCAGAUCAUCACCGCCUUAGAAGAGGACACCACGGCUCAGAAGAUGCAGCUCGGUUAUCGUCUUCAACAGAUCGCAGCUGCGGUGGAAAACAAAGUGACAGACUUGUAAUUAAGAGAUCAGAAAGGGAUGAUUGACAGGAGGGGAAAGAAACAAGAAGAAGAUGAAAAACAUGGGUUGCACUGAAGACUGGACCUACUGUAUGUAUUUGACUGCAGAGUUGUGUAGAAGCAGCGAGUGAGAACCACAGCACUGUGGCGUUGACUUAAAUGAUGGAGUAAACACACUGCCACUUUACAUGGGAAAAGAGGACUCACCGUGUAAUUGGACUACAUGGUUUCUGUCAUUAUCUGAGGGAUUAGUAAAUUGGAGACUCUUCAACAUUCUCUGAAUGAUGGGACAGUUUCAAGAGGAAGUUCUCUCUCAGUCCUUCUGGGGAAAUCAAAGAGGACACGUACCCACGCAGUGGAGUGUGUGUGUAAAGUGACUGCAAGAAGAGCAGCCAUGUUGUCCAUCUCCUCCACGACUCAAUCAGGUGACUACUGCAGUUUUUUUUAACACAAACCGGCUGCAGACUCUCCAGUUCAUGCUACAUACAGCAUUCAAAAUCAGUACUGACUGACAUGGGCUCAAGUUCAUACGGUUCUGUUACACAUAGACAAACAUUUCAAGAGGAUUAAUAUGACACAUGUCAAAGUAGAGACAAGGCUUCAAAAGGCAUGAAUUGUACAGGUCAAAAAACGAAAUCUGUGCCUCACAGAACUUUCGCUUCUUCCUGCCGUUCUCUACCUCUUCAUAUGUUUCUCGUUCCGAUUCUCUCUACUUCAUUCUUUCUGUGUGUUUUAUCAGUAUGCAGACUCUCUCCAUCCGUGCAGCAGUUACUGUGUGUAUGAACUAAUAUAAUGAAGUCAUGGGCUUUUCUGUUGUCAUUUUAUUUUUCCUGCUUAUUUCCACUGGCAGGGUGUGACAGAGUGAACGUUCCUGGUGUAAAACAUCAAUUCAGAAUCUAGUCAUUUUAGAUGAUUAUUUAUUUAAUAUUAGCACAUGUAACAUGCAUGUUCCACUUCUUCUCAAACCAUCUGUGUCAUCCGUCCAAGUCAUUAAAAGGAGCUCUGAUACGGAAAGAAAAAUACAAACAAAAGAACUUUCAGUCUUCUCUAAUCUAGCACUAGAAUGCAUUUCAACAUUUUGUCUGUUGUAUUAAUGUAUUGUCUGUGUUUGGCACUAAAGAGAUAGCUGGUGAUUGUCCCUCACAUUUUAAUUCAUUUAUUAUUAUCUCUCUUUUUUUUUGUAUAAGAAUCACUGGAAGGGCAGUAUGCAGGAAAACGACUCUGUAAAUGUGUAAGGUGUAACGAAUGAAUUUGGAAAAAGUUAUCGGUUCUGCUCUAAACAUUCCUUUUAUAUGGCAUGAGAGAAACUGAUGUUCUAAUCAAUAACCAUUGAAAAGUAUUGUGUGUGUGUGUGAGUGGGUUUGAGAGCCAGCUUCAGUUCCUACUACAUUGUGGAGUCAAUAUUUUUGUUAUACUACAUUGCCUUCAGCGUAUCAUUAUCAGCAAGUGGAUUGAUGACUAGCCAUUUUAAUUUUAGUUGUUUUUUUAUUUUUAUUUUUAUUUUAUUUUUGUUGUUUUUAACAAAAGGUUAUUAGCAUACAUCCUGAAACAGACAUAUUGAAAGGGAGAGAAAACUUUAAAUCAACACAGUUAACUUGAAAAGAGGUGAAAAUGCAGAAAGAUGGAACUAGUGAUGCAUAAAGGAUUUAAUGGUACAUAAAUGUAAGACACAUGGACCACACGUGUAAUUAGCGGUGCGAACAGAUGUAAUUGUUUAAGAUUAAAAUAUGUGCAGAAGUUUCAGAAGGAAGUAUAAAGUUAUAACUAUUAUUAGGUUAUAUAAAUUAUGUGUAGAUUAGAGCAGGCUCUUUAAGUUUGAAAAUAUGUUGUUAAUAGCAUCAUGCAUAAUGAUUGUGUUUCAGCUGUAGCUUCUUACCAACAGUAUGUGAAAAUUUUUACAAAUUAUAUGGAGAUUUAAUAAAAAUAUUCUAAAAGA